AUGGCCUACAGCUGCUGCUCUGGAAACUUCUCCUCCCGCUCCCUUGGUCGCUGCCUGCCCUCCUCAGGUUCCUCCUGUGGCUCUUCCUACCCCAGCAACCUGGUCUACACCACUACCAGCUGCUCUCCCAGCACCUGCCAGCUGGGAUCCUCUCUCAGCAGUGGCUGCCAGGAGACCUGCAUUGAGCCCACCAACUGUCAGACUUCCUGUGUGGUGUCCAGCCCCUGCCAGAAGCCCUGCUACUACACCAGGAGCUCCACACCCUGCAGUCCCUGCCAGGGGACAUAUGCUGGCUCUCUGGGCUUUGGAUCUAGGAGCUCCUGCUCCCUGGGCUAUGGCUAUAGAAGCUGCUACCCAGUGGGCUGUGGAAACAGUGGCUUCAGACCCCUGAAUUGUGGAGUCUAUGGCUUCCCUUCCCUGAGUUAUGGGUCUAGAUAUUGCUAUCCAAGCUAUUUUGCUUCUCGUUUGUGCCAACCUUGCUACAGACCAAUCUGUGGAUCAGGUCUCUAUGGAAUCAACUGUUAA